UUUUAUAACGGGAGACAAUGAAUAUCACCAAAACUUGAUUGAAACUGAUCAAAACACUUCUUUGGAAGAAAAUAACUCUAAGGACCCAACUAACAAGAAUCAGAUACAAGUUUCUCUCAAGGAAGAGUAUGAAGAAUUCCACGAAUUUCCUGACCCCAAAUAUAUGUUUGACCUCAAGACGAAAGGACACACUACUCCUGAGAACUAUCUAGAUUGUCAAAUCACAGUUGAUUCUUUCAAGAAAUGGACUUAUCGCGAAGUUGAAGAACCUUCUUGCUAUAAUAUCCACUGA